UGUGUUUUGAUGGGCUAGUCUCUUUGAGAAAACGCUCUCGGUUAGGCUUGGGGGUUGAGAAAUCAGACCGGGGCUUAAGCCACUGGCCUGAACGGAACUUCCUUCCUGGCUGGUCGGGACGAAAAAAAAAAAAAAAAAAAAAAAAGAAGAGGCUUUAAAUGGGGACUAUGUUGAGCUUUUAGUCGCUAUAUCAGCUUUCACAUCGUCCGACACAGAGGCUUUACACCGCGGGCAGCUUUUCUAAACAUCGACAUCAUGGUUUCUACGACUCACGCGCUGCUCAUUUGGGUGCUUUUCCUCUGCAGGCUGGAGGAAACGGUUCAGUCUCAGCGGGGACAUUGCACCGGGAAUCAGUGUUUUGCACUUGUCCAGGAGCACGGGGACUUUGAAGAAGCACAGAAAAGCUGCAAGAGCUCCGGUGGGUCAUUAAUGUUCAGCUCGGAACACGUAGAGAAGCUGUUGAAGAGCCCGCUCCGCGGUAGUUACUGGCUGAGGAACAGCACCGACGGUUCGGCGGAGAAACAUGCGGCGGGUGGCCAAACCUGCCGCUGCAUCUCCGCGACGGAGGUACGGAACUUCACGGUGUCGUGGAAGCCGUGCCUAGACGCUCUGGACGGAUUCCUGUGCCAGUUCGUCCCAUUCGAGCAGCCUUGCAGUGGCUUGCAUGCAGCCGGAGACGCGACGGUAAAGUACAUCUACACGCCUAUGGACUUGGAGCUGGACGAAUCGGAAACGUUCCCCCCGGGAACCAUCGCCGUGGCGAAAAAGUUCGACGGCAAAUACCCGGACUCGAAGCAUGUGUGCUUCGAGAGCGGUUGGCUGAAAGCUCCCUGGAUAUGCGAGGUGAUGGGGGGCGGCUGCGAGCACAAGUGCAGCUCGACGACACAAAGCUGCGAGUGUCCCGCGGGGGAAAUACUCCAACCCAACAACUUCACGUGCACUGACAGCCCGUACCAGUCAAACCCGUGCACGUCGAACCCGUGCACAGGUGAGGGCGAGGAGUGUGAAGUCACCCCGACAGGGUUCACUUGCACGUGCAAAGAGGGCUUCGUCCGCGAGGAUGGAGAGUGCGUGGACGUUACAAUCUGUGAAAAGUGUGAGCACCUGAUGUGUGACAAAUCCAAUGGCGUUUAUAAGUGCAAUUGCCGGAAUGGGUUCAGGGUUUCCUCCCAUGACCCCACAAAGUGUGAGAUGAACUGCACAGCGAUAGACUGUCUGGCCGAAUGCGUCUAUAGUAAUAACAGUGAGCCCCAGUGUUUCUGCCCCGAUGGCUACAUUCAAACCCAAAGCCCAAAUAGCAGUACACCCUUCUGCACUGACAUUGAUGAAUGUGAAAGUGGGGACUAUGAAUGUGAUCACCAGUGUGAAAAUGCAUUCGGUAGUUACAGGUGUUUGUGCAAUAAAGGGUUCAAGCUGGACCACAUUAACUAUAAUUGUGUACCGGAAGAAGAUGAAUAUGAUGGAUCAGGUUCAACUGCUCCAUACCCCUCACCGGCUAGCCCCCACCCAGACACGGUAGUACCCUCUUAUAUUAAGACCGGUAGCGUCAUGGGUAUCGCCGUGUUCGUGGCGCUGUGUGCGGUGCUGCUGUAUUUCCUGAUCCGAAACAUAGUCAAGCGUUGCGGCAAAUUUGAGCUUUCGUCCUUCAAACACCCAGAUAUCGAUAUUUUCUAUCUGCAGCAGGUGACCACCGAGACGUAUAAGAGGAUAUCCUUCGACAAACAGUUUAAAAAUGACUCACCGACGAUACUUUAAUCUCACAUUUUUAGUAGGCCGCUUUUCACCGUAUUUUCAUGGCACAUUUCGCUGUUUCCUUUCCUCAGAGACGUCAAAUAUGGGACUUUUUUUUUCUCCCAUAGGCAGUGUCCAUGGGAAACUGUUUAUUUAUCUAAAAAGCUGCAAUCUGUCAAAUACUGUAAAGUCAUAGCAACCCAGUGUGGACUUUAAAGGAAAACUGCUUUUUGCUUUUUGAAUGUGAAAUAGAUAUUUAUAUUGAAUUGUUGUUGGAAUUGUUAGGGAAGCUAUUAUUUUGUCUAUUUCUGCAACCAAAAGGUUGAUAAGGGGCCUCCUAAUCAGCCUUUUGGUUGCAGAAAUAGACGAAAUGGGGGCUCCCUAACAAUUGGGAAAGUUUUAGAGGGCUGCAACUAACAAUUGUUUUCAUUGCAGAUUCAUCUGUCAAUUGUUUUCUGGAUUCAUCGAUUAGUUUUUUGGUCUUUAAAAUGUCAGAAAAUGGUGCAAAAAUGUUGUUCUGUUUCCAAAAAGCCCAAGUUGAUGUUCUCCAAUGUCUCGUUUUGUCACACCUGAAAUGUUUACUGUCCCAGAGGAGUAAAGACAGUAGAAAAUAUCACAUUUUAAAAGCUGGACUAAAAAGUUACUGAAACCGACUUAUCAAUUAUCAAAAUAGUUGACAACUAAUCGACUAGGCUUUGCAGUUUUAUUAUAUUUAACAAAAAAAGAUGUUAUAUGUUAAAAAAAAGUAUCAUAGUAAAGGUACUUAAAUGCUACCAUGGUGACUUUUUCUUAUUAUAGACGCAGUCUCCUCAGACAAUUACAAAUCCAGCAAUAUAAACCAAUUUUUUUUUGUCUUUGAAAGACAAAAUUCUCUCCUAACAGCAGCAGCUUUGUGUUUGAUUGCACUGUGUUGCUGUCUAAUGACACUGUACUGCACUGCACAACUUCAUUUUGCAUUCCACUUUAUGUAUCACAAGUAUGCGAUAUAAUGAAUCUAACAUUCCACUUAUUGAUUGUAAUAUAGCCUAUACUGUAUUUGUGAUCAAGAGCGUAAUUUAAGGGGGGGGGGGACAGGGGACAUGUAGGCAGUAUUGGACAGCCCGUACAUUUUUUUUUCCUUCUAAACAGAACACAAAAAAAUGUUUUUUAAUUGAUGACCCAAGAGAAAUGUUACGUUACGUUGCUCGGUCAAAAUAACCACAUAUUGGUGUGGCUGAAUAACCCAAUGGAAAUAAUAUAAAUAACUCAACAAUUUUUUGGGGGGGUGGGGUUGUUUAGUGACCCAGUGGUUUUUAUGAUUAUGGAUACUGGGUCGGGGCUAGAUUGACCCAAAUUGUGAUAAAUUACUGAUUCUCCAGAAUGAAUGGAGUAAAUGAGAAUAAUCUGAAAACUGUAAACAAAAAUCGGUAUAAAAGUGCUAACAGUAUAAAGUGAAGCUUUGAGUGUCCAAGAGGAGAUUUAGAAAUCUUAAGUUUUAUAUUUGUUAUAAGCUUUUAUUAUU